GAUUGCACCCCCAGGGCUGACUUUAUUAAGGGGCGCUGGAACUUUUACAAUGCACUGACCCCCCCAUGUGUACAGACAAUGGUGCACACAAAUUCCUGGACUCUCUGCAGCCUCUGAAAUUUAGACUGGAGGAAAGAUUUGAAGGGGACACAUUAGAAAGAAAAAUGUUCCCAUACUCUCCCCUUGAACCUCGCCUCUUUUAACCUACGCAGAGCUGGCUACAACAGUGUUUUUCUCCCACGUGAAAUCAACACACAAGAGACCAGAGAGACUAAAGGAUUAUUUUACAAUUACAAUCAUUUUUUAAAAAAUUUUUUAAAUUUUUUUUUUUGGGAGAUGUGCAUGCCUGGGAUACAACAACAGCAGGGGCAUGUCACCACACUGCAACGUGACACGGAAUGUACAUUAUUCUAGCUGAACAGCGGGUGAUGGCUACGUCUGAAAGCUGGGGCUGACUCUGAGCCAGUAGAGGGUUAAACAGUAGUCAAGGGAACUUUGCGUAAACUUUUUUUUUUUUUUCUGUCUCCCUCUUGUGAUUUUUAUCUUACUGCUGGAAUACCGACAGGAACUUAGUGGAUUUAAAUGCUGCAAUUGCGAAAAGAUGAAGAUUUAUCGUGGGGCUGCUGAGGGCUUUUCCGCUCAAUCUUUUCCAAAGUUACAUGGGAUUCUUUAGGCAUGGAGACGUUGGAUUCCUCCCGAUGGAUUACACAUUUGAAUGUACUUUAAUUUAUUUUUCGAAGACUUUUUAUUUUUGUCUUUUUUGUGGAAAUUCUUACGAAAAGUAAGACCCCCUCCCCCCCCUCCCCUUGCCCCUCCACAACCUUUCACUUCGGUUGAGUUUGUUUUAAACAAUGGCUGAGAGAGAUGCCGAGAGAAAAGUUCGUAUCUACAGGAGCGUGUCUUUUAAGAAACUGGGAAACUGGAAUGCAAAAGGUUUUAGUGAAGAGGGAGGCACGGAACUGCCCGGGAAAGGAGAUGUCACCCAACCCACAUGUCAAAAAACACAUCGUCCCCCUGCCAGAUCCCUCAGCUUAACUAGGAAGGUGUCCAAGAUCUCUUCAGCCAGCAAAGACCAGAAUAACCCUUCAGUCCGGCAGCUUUCUCAACGGUUUUCGCCCCUCCAGAGGGACGAUGGGGCUGUGAGCGAUGAUGAAAACUUAAGACGAGUGGAUCAUCGUGUUCAGGCCGGAUCUGGGGAGGGCAACAGUAUAGCAGAGCCUUCUCGAGGCAGUCAACAAGACUUUAUAAACCCGACUGGGAGCGAUGGCCUCUCCCUGGCACUGCCAGGUAAGUCGCAUGAUUUUCAUAGCCCAAGCCCAAGGGAAUCUCCGAGCUCAGGGAUCUCACUAGAUGAAGUGAACGCUUUCUGUAGUUUCCUACAUCAGCCAGAUAACCGUGAACUGCUUGUAACAGAAGGGACUAACUGGCCUAGUGUUACUGAAAUGAGGAAACGUUUUGAUGAUAACACUAGGAAAGUUCCAUCCAGGACAUCUUCCCUGCCCGAUUGUGAGGAUUCAAGGCUCUCGGGCCAGCCGGGGUCUCAGGUUAGGGAGUCUGGGAUGGAGCCACAAAGACAUUGCCCCAUGGAAACUGCAACUGCCAAAAGCUUUAUCCAGUACACCAAAGAGCAGCCUUCGGGCUCUGCACACUGGCCCAAAAACCUCUCGUCAAAGGUGGAAAGCAACUAUUGCCGAGCACUAUCAGAGAGUAAAACAGAACAACAAUAUGCAUGUUUGGAUACAAAAGAACACCGAAAUAUUAACACUGGUCCCAAACCCCAGCCUCCUCCCCCUCCUCCGAGAAGCUGUAUUCCGUUUGGCCUGAAAGCGCACACACUUUCAUCUGGUCUACCUAAACAAGAGGCAAGGCAGCAAUCACUUAGUUUACAUUCCUGGCAUAGUUCAGGCAAACCACAGACAGCCCCUAAUAAUGUCAGGCUCAAAGACAUCUACAGCACAGAUGACCUGGAGAGGAACACCUUACUGUCCACCUUGGCCAAUAAGAACAGUUCUAGGAUCAGGUCCCAGGAAACCUCCUCAGGAAGUGAAGAAGAAAGUGAGCUUGAUGUCCUCAGGGAAAGUCUCAGGAAAUGCUCUCCUAGGAAGGAAAAGGACUAUUUAGUAUGUGAUAAUAAAGACUCUGUUGGGGACCGGCACAACAUACUAGCCAAUGCGACAAGUGACUUAGGCCAAAGGCCCAGCCUGUCAGAUUUGUCAGUAGAAAAACAUGAUGGACAUUCUAUAUUGUUACCAAGCAGUUUGGUUCCUACGGUCAGAUCUGAUGCUUCUUCACUUGAACCGAGUCCUUCUGCUAAUGUCUCAACCACUACUCCUCAUGAAAUGCCCAAACAGUACUUCCGAAACACUUCCGAAGCAGUAACUCCAGGCCAGCUGGCCUCUAUGUCUCCUAUGCCCACUGUGUCUCGAGUUGCAAAAGUUAACAUUCCACCCUUUAUGCCAAGUCCCUGUGGCUCUAGAAGCAGCAGUAGAUAUUCAAGCACUGAAACCCUUAAAGAUGAUGACCACUUUAAUGCUUAUUACGCUGGACAAGCACGCAGCUUCCCGGGUGGAUAUAACGUUCACCGAUCAACAAGUUUUGGCCAACAAGAAAGUAUGCCACGACCAAUUACCCGUCCAAAGCCAAAAACACCAUCUAUUGGCACCAAGCUCAAAAAUGAAAGUGUUAGUGAUGGACUACAUUGCGACCCUGAAAGUGAUGACUCUAAAAAAAUAUCUAUGUCAAAUCCAGAUAUAACGUCAGAUACCCUCAGCUUAUUGACUUACUUAAAAUCAGACAUUUCAGAUUUGAAAGUGAAAAACAGAGGCCAAGGGACCAGUGAAAAGGAAGGAGCCUGCUCCAGACUUGAGGCCUGCCAGGAAUCUUCUAGGCAGCAAAGUUUAGCUGGGCGAGGCAGACCUGCGGGGCAGAACCGAAUUCAACAAGGGAGCCGUCCAACAUUAAAAGACUUGACUGCUACAUUACGACGCACAAAAUCCUUCACGUAUUCUGAGAAACUGGGAUCCCGACGUGUGUCCAUGCACAGUUCCAUGAAACAGAGUUCAUCGGAACUCAUGCUGGCCACUACAUCCAAUAGUGAUGGUAUAUUUUCCCAUCUAGAAGCUGCUAAUAGUGUAGAGGAAAACUAUAAUGAACCAGAGACAAUGCAGGAUCAAUACAUCCAAGAAGCCAGACAGGUAUUUGAAAAGAUCAAACAGAUAGGGUCUCAGGAUGACUAUACUUUUGAUCAGGAAAUCAUUGAACAUCUCAAAAGUGAAAAAAUGUCUCACGUAAGUGUUGAUGAAAAUGGUGAUGGCAAAUGUAUGGAAAAAUGUCCAUCUAAUGAGACUGUAACUAAUAGGAAAAUCUCUGACUUAUCUGGGAAUGAGUCUAGCAUGACCGAUGAAGGCAUUGUUACCGAGGUAGACCCUACACCUUGCACGUCAUAUCGAGACCUUGGCCAGAAACUUAAAGUGUGGAAAUCAACAGGCGUUUCCCAGGAAGAAAGUGAAUUUUUGCAUGCCCAUAAUGGAGACUAUAACACAAUCCAAUCCCAUACGGGUAAUUCAGAAAGUACUCUGUGCCCUGAUGCUGCACAUAUGGCAAACACUCCAGGACCUACAGAUGCUCCUCCAACACCUGGAACAGUAAGACGUAGACGGAAAUUUCCUUCUCUUGGUAAUAGCGGUACAGAUUCUAGUAGUGGAAGCAACGGUGAGUCAGGGAGCGAGGCCUACAGAUCUCUGAGUGACCCAAUGCCUCACCGGAGAUACUCUAUCACUGAAGAUGCUAAAAAAUUCUCUAUGGAUAGUAACCUCCUGGGGUCUUUAAAUUCAAAAUCUGGAAUCUCCGAUUCUUCAGUCAUGGCACUAUCUGAAUGUACUGGCAGUGCUGCAAGUGUACUUUCUUUCAGUAGUGAUGGUGUUAAGGAUUACAACACAGUCAUCCAAAAUAUAGUUAGUCAACCUGGAGCACUUGAUAAAGUCAUUGAUGAAAAGGGCAAUGGGAAGACCAUUAAGAAAAAGUCAUUUAGCGACCCAAGUCGUCGUGGAGAAUUGUCUCCCGCUGGCCUGGAAGAUUCCACUGAGCCUUCCAAAGACUUAGAACAAUCCAUCCUGGCAUCUACCAGUGAACCCAUACUAUCAGAGCAAAGGGAUGAGUUGGAAGAACUGGACGAGAUGGAAGAGGAGGCAAAAUUUAACACUCAACCAGAGUUACCUACUGACUUGGAAGAAAAUGGUUUGGAGGCAAAUCAAAGUUUAAGUUUUGACCCAAACCUUGUAAAUGUGUUAUCUCCCAGGGUGGUUAGGCGCAGCUUUAAAAAGCGCUCCAACAGAAUUGGUAGCCAUGAUGGCAACAAGGAAGGUGAGGAACCAAAGGAAGCACUGGCGAAAAUCAGGCAAGGUAGCAAACAUGUACGACACACAAGUGAACCAGCAACAUUUAUUCCAAUCUCCCCUCCUGAAUGCAAAGUGUUGGGCCAUGGUGGUGCCCAGGUGACAAACUUAGAGCCUACAAGGCCUCAUAUCAAGCAGUAUCCAGUUUUAAGCCCCUUAGUGGAUGUAUCUAAGUCAGCUCCUGUUAAUGCUGGUAAUUCCUUCAACCCUAUGGAUUUGCCUAGGACAGCACCAAGUACUCCAACCACAACCGAACCCAAACCAUUGAGGGUUCCCAAGCCUAUUGAAGAGCACGGGAACCGGAGCAAGCCCACUGUGGAUAUGCGGAAACAUGUCUUUCUGACCCUCCAGGACACGGAGCAGUCAUACGUGGAGUCGUUGCGUACACUUAUGGAGGGUUACAUGAAACCAUUGAAGCAGCCGGAGAAUUCCAUCUUGGUUGACCCCUCUCUGGUGGACGAGAUCUUUGACCAGAUCCCGGAGCUGUUGGAGCACCACGAGCAGUUCCUCGAGCAGGUCAACCACUGUGUGCACAACUGGCUGGACAUCCAGACUGUGGGGGACAUGCUGGGCCAGUCGUUUUCCAAGGAAAUCCUGGUCAGCAUCUACUCAGCUUACAUCGAUAAUUUUCUCAAUGCCAAGGAUGCGGUCCGGAUAGCCAAGGAGGCCCGUCCUGCUUUCAUCAAGUUUCUGGAGCAAUGCACUCGUGAGAACAAGGAGAAGCAGGCGCUGUCAGACCUCCUGAUCAAACCCGUCCAGAGGAUCCCACGAUACGAGCUCAUCGUCAAGGAUCUGCUGAAGCACACUCCUGAGGACCACCCGGACCACCUGUGCCUUCUGAAUGCCCAGAGAAACAUCAAGCAGCUGGCAGAGAGGAUAAACAAGGGGAUGAGGAGUGCGGAGGAGGCCGAGAGAGACACCCGAAUCCUGCAAGAAAUAGAGGCUCAUAUAGAGGGCAUGGAGGACCUUCAAGUUCCAUUCCGGAGGUUUGUGCGGCAAGAGAUGGUGGUAGAAGUGAAAGCUGUUGGGGGUAAGAAGGACCGAUCGCUCUUCCUGUUCACGGAUCUGCUCCUCUGCACCACCCUGAAAAGGAAGUCGGGCUCCCUGCGCCGCAGCUCCAUGAACCUGUACACAGCGGCCAGUGUGAUUGACAUCGCCAGCAAGUAUAAGCUGCUGUGGAAACUUCCCCUGGAGGACGUGGAAGUUGUGAAAGGAACGUCCCAAACCUCGAACAGGGACAGCAUCCAGAAGGCCAUCGGCAGGCUAGAUGAAGAUCUCAGCACCAUGGGGCAGAUCAGCAAACUCUCCGAGACCCUCAGCUUCCCGCACCAGACUCUUGAUGAUGUCAUUAAGGACAUGAUGGCGUCCGUGCAUCGAGAACUGGCCGAGAAGCAGUCCCUUUCCUUCUCCAUGUCCUUCCCACCGAAUAAAGUGGAGCUGACCACCACCAAAGCGGACGGCACCGAAAGCUACAUAUUCGAGUUCAGUAACCCGGACGCCAGGCUCCAUUUUGAGCAAGCCUUCGAGGAGGCCAAGAAAAAGCUGGCUACCAGCAAGAAUCGACUGGAUCCUGAAUUUCUGAAGGCCAUCCCUAUCAUGAAGACCCGCAGUGGAAUGCAGUUCUCCUGUGCGUCUCCCAGUCAGAGCAGUCCUGACAACAUGCACGAGGUUUGGGUGUGUAACAGCGAUGGUUACGUGGGGCAGGUCUGUCUGCUGAGCAUCAGGAACGAACCGACGGUGGAAGCGUGUAUCGCUGUCUGCUCUGCCCGCAUCCUCUGCAUCGCCUCGGUGCCUGGACUCAAGAAGACUUACAGCAGAGAGAGACCCCCAGCCCUGAUGAAUCGGCCAUCGGAGCAGCUUCCGCAGCACCUGGAUGAGCCUUCAUCUCAGCAGUGCCUCCAUAUCUCCAUCUCCGGGUCCUCCCUGGAGCUCUCAGAACACACAGACAGUGCCAGCCGGGACUUGGUGCCCUUCGACAGUGACGAUACCGAUGACGAAUCCUCUCCCAGCCCCUCCGGCACCCUCCAGAGCCAAGCCAGCCGCUCCACCAUCUCCUCCAGUUUUGGAAAUGAAGAAAUGACAAGUGCCAAGGAUACGACGGCAGAGACCACCAGCUCUGAAGAAGAACAGGAGCCUGGAUUCCUGCCCAUCCCCAGCAAUUUCAACCAGAAUAGGGAUAGCGAGAGUCCCACCGAUGGGCCCGCAGUGAGGAGAUCCAGCCGAGGGUCCUUCACACGGGGCAGCUUAGAAGACCUUCUGAGCAUUGACCCCGAGGCCUACCAGAGCUCCAUGUGGCUGGGGACCGAGGACGGCUGCAUCCACGUCUAUCAGUCUUCAGACAACAUCCGGAAUCGUAAGAACAGCAUGAAGAUGCAGCACGCGGCGGCGGUCAUGUGUAUCCUGUAUCUGGAUAACCAGGUGUUUGUGUCCGUAGCAAGUGGAGAUCUCAUUGUGUAUCAGAGAGAAGCAGGGAGUUUUUGGGACCCUCAGAAUUCUAAAACUCUGCCUCUGGGUUCUCCUGGGAGCCCGAUUACCAAGAUGGUCUCCAUCUCUGGAAAGUUGUGGUGCGGCUGCCAGAACAGGGUCAUCAUCUUGAACACGUCGUCUCUACUUCAGGAGCACACUUUCCAUAUUGGACAGGACCAGAACCGCUGUGUCACGUGUAUGGUCACCAGUAAUGUGGGGAUGUGGAUUGCUCUACAGGGCAGUGCCCAGGUUCGCCUUUAUCACGCCACCACCUUUGAGCAAUUGGCGGAGGUGGAUAUCGCUCCGCCCGUACACAAGAUGUUAGCAGGCUCAGAUGCCAUCAUCCGCCAGCACAAGUCGGCAUGUCUGCGGAUCACUGCUCUUCUGGCUUGUAAGGAUCUACUGUGGAUAGGAACCAGUGCCGGAGUGGUUCUCAUCCUCACCAUCACCUCCAGCACCAGCUCUUUGAAGGGCCCUAUCAACCCAGUGGGGCUCUCUCAAGGGCACACGGGCCAUGUCCGGUUCCUCACAUCUGUGGAGCUACCAGAUGGGUUUGACGUGCACUUUCCUCUCCCUGGAGACCAAGGCAAUGAACAAACAUGCGACAUGGAAAAGAGAGAUUCCACCCGACACCGACCAAAAUCCAAACUCCUGGUCAUUAGCGGAGGAGACGGCUACGAGGACUUCAGGCUCACCAACAGCAGCGAGACUGUGGGCAGAGAUGACAGCACCAACCACUUGCUGCUAUGGCGGGUGUGAUGAGCCCGGCACACAGGACUCUUAGCUAGAUCCUCUUCUAAUGUCGCUGCUGCCCAUAACUUCAUCUUUGGCUUGUCUUUUGACGUUUUACAUGCUCACGCCUCCAUCGCCCAUCCAACAUCUCCAUGAUGCAGCUUCCAGGAGCCAACUCUAGAGAGGUUUAUGAUGUGCCCGAGGGGCCCUCAGUCCACAGGGGAUAUGAACAAUGUAACAAAGCAUGGAAGUCUAGGGUGGUAUGAAAGGGUACGACUGCCAAAGUGUUCACAGUGAUGGUUACACGUCGGUACUCGUCUGUGCCUAUAGCCGAAUCCUUAAGAUGGUGGGAACUGUAGAUGUGGUCGGUGGGUUAUCACUGGCUCUCGGCACCUUCUAAGUCUACAAAAGGUAUUAACCACUGGUGAGUGAGCAGUGACUCCGGCAAACACGUCAUACUGCUGUCUGUCAGCGCUUUUGGGUUCUGUUUUUCUGUCCGCAUUUCAUACAGACACCAUUACAGUCCUCGGGACCACCCGUGGUCAGACCCAACAAGACCAAGCGUUCGACGGGUCCGACUGUUCACUCCAACUCUGUGGCUAUAAAUAAACUGUGCAUAUGUGUUGCCGGCCCGACCGGCCAUUAUUUUUUUUUUAUUUUUUUUUUAAUUGUUCUUAUUUAUUGUCAAGUGAAAAAAAACUUGUGUUCUGAAAGUUUUAAUAUUUUUUAGUGUGGUAAAACCGAUCACAUGUAUUCCCGAUCUCUACGUCUUGUGCUGGUAGAGACAAAGGGAGGGGGGGGGGGGAUUAUGAGCGACCCAAGACACAGUACUAAGCUUGGGCUUUAGACAGUAUCCGAUCCAUUCGGAGCAAGCAGUGGCCCUUUGUUUGCCUGGGCAUGCUGAAAUUUGUAGUCCCCACGCAGCUGUAGAGCUUACCUGAUCUGUCAUGAAUCGCCAUGUAUAGAAGAUCUGCCAGCUCUCCUGAUGUUUUAGUAGAUACUUGUCAUCUUUGUGAAAAACUCCUCUGUUAUUCCUCCUGGAAAUGUGUUUACAAAUGGGUGUUUGUUACCAGUUUAGUGUCUGCGUCGUUUCCAGGAAGAAUAACAGAAGAACAGCACAGAGCAGAAUUCAGGAGAACAGAGAGCUCGGAGUAUACAGGAUUUGAUAGGUUGGAUUACUUUUUAAACCUUGUGCCUUGUGUAAGUACAAACCUGAAUUGUUAUUAUAGUGAUGAUACUGAUUUAUGUCAUGAAUGUAAGACGUUUCCCCAGGGAUGACAUCACAGCAUCGGCAGAUACAGGGUAAUGAAUACAUAUUCCGUGCUCUUGAUUGACGCUGGGUCCGGAAUGACCAUCCUUGGGAGGUGGUCAGGGAAGGAAUGGCCUAUGCUACACGAUCACCUGGAGAUCCUUCCCCAACAUGUGAUUACCUUCUAAACUGAUAGGGGUGGGUUUUAGUUCAAAAUGUACAUCCCCUUUAAUAAAAAAAAA